ACAAUUAGUAAAAUAAACUAUAUAUUAGAACUGAAAUUUCUCUGUCUUAAUAAUUUAUAUAUAUAUAUAUAAAAAAAAAAUACAUUUUCAAGAAGAUGACUGCAGCUGGAGCUAUAUCAGUACCACUUUGGAUUUCAACAUCAACACCCCCAACAAAGAUCAUUGCUUUUAAUAACAAACUCAGAAUUUGUUAUCCUGUUAAACUUUCAAGAAAUGGUAGUUAUCCCUUAUCUACAUUUGAGAAAAAUGGCCAAUAUGAACAAAGUUUCACACUUAAAGUUGCUUCUUCCUCUUCAGUUGGAAGUACAGAAGAACCAGCAACUAAGGUGAAGUUUCAAAGAUCAUUGAGCCUACCUGGUUCCUCUACUUCAUUGUCAUUGCUUGGAACUGGAUACAGGGAAAAGGUCUUUGCAAUUAUUGGUAUCAAGGUCUACGCUGCAGGCCUCUAUGUCAAUGACUCUGUCUUUAGUAGGUUAGAUGCCUGGCGAGGACGUUCUGCUGCAGAAAUUCAGCAGGAUCCUUCUUUGUUCAACAAUAUCUUUGAAGCCAAUCUGGAGAAAUCGCUACUUAUUGUGCUGGUCAGAGAUAUUGAUGGUAAAACUUUCUGGGAUGCCUUAGAUGAAGCCAUUUCUCCAAGAAUCAAAUCACCCACUGCCGAUGAUAAAUCUGCUCUUUCCACGUUCCGUGAUGUCUUUCAAGGGAAACCUCUUAAGAAAGAAACUUCCAUAUUCUUGACUUGGAUUGACCCAACCAAAAUGCUCGUUUCACUCUCUUUUGACGGGAUGCCUUCCUCGGUUGAUGCGACAAUUGAGUCUACAAAUGUUGCAUCAGCUCUCUUCGACGUAUUUCUUGGUGGUGAUCCAGUUUCUCCUACACUGAAAGCAUCAGUGGCCAAAGGAUUGGAAGCUGCGCUCAAGUGAAGCCCAUGACGAGUUGGUCUUCCGGUUGACUUUUAUUUUGCUGAUUCACUAAUCAGUGAUUCAGUAGCAUAGCUCCGUAGAACAAAUUGCUCAAAGUUUUGUUAGGCUGCAUUUGUUUUUAUUAAGAUUCAUACGUCUGAAUUUGAAUGCAUAUCUGAAUGAUUAAAAUGUUGCUUCAGAUUUCAAAUCUGAAUGGGUAAGACUUUGUUUUUCAAUA